AUGAUGAAUUUUGAAUCAAAAGUUUGUCGUGUGUGUCUUGAAUGCAAUGACAGUGAUAGCUUUAUUGACAUUUUCGUAAGUGACGAAGGAAUCGCUGAUAAAAUAUUUACAAUUUCAGCUGUUGUGAUUCUCAAGCAGGAUGACUCGUGUUUUAUCUGUAGAUCGUGCCUUAGUCAACUGAAUGAUGCUAUAAAAUUUCGACAAAAUUGCCUUAAAGCCAACGAAUAUUUCCAAAGUAUUAAUCCACAAAGUUCAGAUGCUAACUUUAUAAUCACAGAAUCACUAAGUGCUAAUGAAUCUUCAAGUCCAAUUCCAAAUGCGAACAAGGCAAAUGAGUCUCAAAAGUAUCAAUGCACAAAAUGUGCUAAACUCUUCUCAUGUCGAUAUUAUUUACAAAAGCAUGAACAUGUAAAGCAUACAGAAGUCAAUCCUAAAGACUAUUUUGAAUGUGAUAAGUGCAGCUAUAAAUCGAAAACUAAAUCACUGAUGAAAGCUCAUUUGCUUUAUAAUCAUAAAAGUUCAAGCAUAAGACAUCCAGAAACAUUUCAAUGCAAAUUUUGUGGAAAGAUUUGCAUGAGCUCAGGUGCUCUAUAUGGACACGAAAAGAUACACAGAACAGUCGCACCAGAAGAUUACCUGAAAUGCCCUCAAUGCAACAAGUCGUUCAAAGAGAAACGAUUGCUGAAAAAUCACAUCCAAUUAGUGCAUGAAAAGUCACGGAUGAAGCAGUGUUACGAGUGUGGAUUUAUUGCAACAUGUUCUGGGAGUCUUAAUAAGCACAGAAAAGCUGUACAUCUCAAAAUAAGGAAUCAUAUUUGUGACGAAUGUAAACAGGGCUUUGCAACAAAUCAGCAAUUGCUUCGACAUCUUCGAACUCAUUCCGGUGCUCGUCCAUAUCCUUGCUUUAAUACAGCCUGUGAUAAAUUGUUUGCAGACUCGCAUGGCAGGAAGAGACACAUGAAGAUUUGUUCGAAUAAAGGUUGA